AUGUCAAGGUCAGCUGGCAGGCUUACGAAACAUGAGACUAACGGGCUCAUAGAUAUUAGUCAAAUACCUAAGGAUCGAAAUGAUUAUCCUUUUAUUUUAACAUGUGCCAGAAUCCUAUAUCGAAUUCAACUUAAAUAUUUUGUCAAAGAUGGCAUCAAAGAUUCAGAGAUCAACGGAAUCGUAAUUCGUGAAAUCAAUCGCAUCCAACAGUCUAGCGUGUCUUUAUCGUAUUCAAAUCCAUCGUAUAAUUCAGAUGCCGGCAUAUUAUUUGAUUUCGGUGCUCAGUUAGCAAAGGCCGAAAAUCCUUUAGAGAUUAUGCGCAAUAUACUGUCGGAAAAAACACGUGUUCGCAAUCGAUCCGGCGAAGCUUCGGCUGUCUGCCGAAUCUGUAAAAACCUCGUCAAAUUAAUUGGUGAUUUACAGAUUGCAAAAAAGUCGUCCUCAAAUCGAUGUCCAUUUCGACAUAUUAACUUCGCUGUCACGGACUCGUUGACAUCGGAGGAUGAUGUUAGCUCAUCUUUCCUUGGACCUCCAUUACCACUUCUUUGGCUGCCAACUUUAACAAGCCGGGAAAAAGUGACUCACAGAAAAACAUCCGUUUAUGCGUUACGCAAAAGGAAAGGAUUUACAAGCAAUGGAAAAUUUCGACAUCGAUUAUUACGGAUGCAUAAUGUGCAUAUGAUAACUGGAAACCCGUGUGCACAUAAUACAAAUAGUUCUGAUCUAAGGAUCGAAAAAUCUCAAGGCCAAUCUCUUCAACUUCCUUCUAUAAACAAUGUAUUAAGAAAUACGUUGGCAUCUUCAGCAUUUACGAGAAUUUUACCAAAUAAAUUUACCUUAUCACACUAUGAAAGUACCAUACAUUGCUGCAAUCAUAGCUUGAGAAAGGAUUUACGUAAAUUGUGUCCAUGCGUAACAAUUAAUACACCUCGAGAGUAA